AUGGCUCUGCCCGCCUUUGCUGCCCCUUCCCUUUUUGCCGGGAACCCUCCUGCUGCCAACCCCCCCUCGACGGCAUUAACCCACCCAGCAGGCCCCUCCAGCUCUCCCAACAAUACAUUUCUCUUGUCCGCCAGCCCUGUGCGCGGCCGAAAGUCUGUUGCCGACGGCUACAAGCCGAAAAUGAUCACGACUGUCGGUGCCAAGCCUGCCUGCCUUGUCAACGCCUCCGUCACGUACGUCGGGAACGACCAGAUCUACGCUUUCGGCGGGUUUGAUCAGUAUACCGAUGAAGUGUACAACCACGUCCUUCGCCUGAACCUUGCAUCUCGCCAGUGGAAUCUCGUCGAUAACUAUGGAGACAUUCCGGGCGUUCGAAUGGGUCAUACGGCCAAUCUCUGGCAGGGCGACAAACUCCUGGUCUUUGGCGGAGAGAACGAACACCGCCAACACCUGUCCGACGUCAUAGUCUUUGACCUCAAGACCGCAUACUGGACGCAACCCGAGCUCCAUGGAGUGUCGCCCCGAGGUAGAGCCCGACAUUCUGCAGUCAUCCACGACGAGAAGCUAUACAUUAGUGGAGGACAGACCGGCCACGACAGCGUGCUCGACGACAUAUGCUAUCUCGAUCUCAAGACAUGGACAUGGUCACGGUCUUGGAAAUUUGUCCCUCGAUACGACCAUGCGAGCUGGAUUUGGAACGGCAGGAUCUGGAUCUUCGGCGGUAUCAACGACGAGAUGGAAAAGAAUACUGAGAUCUGGUGGCUAGAUCUCCGCGGUAGUCCUGGAUUUGAACAAGCCAUGACGUAUGGCACUGGCGACAGACAAUUGGUCUCUAGGUAUCACCGGUCCCUCCCAAACCCAUCCCCUGGUCAGCAAACGACCGGCAGCACUGGGUAUCUGGCAAAUUCCAGUGUGCAAUCUUACCCAAGCACAUUAACGUCGGCUAGGUCGCCAUAUACUGCGCCAGGUUCUAUAUCUUCCCUAAAGUUCCAUUCAAGCCCGAAUCUCCCUUCCCAAGCAGCAGGCAUGCACUUCCAUGUCUUCUCUUCGGGAUGCAUGCUAGAUUUUGUUACCCCGGCAGAACUCAGCUGCGAGACGAGUCUUUCCAGCUUAGAGCUAGACACGCUGCGUUGGCAAAAAUUAGCUGAUGGGAAGGAUUUAUUCAGCCAAAACUUUCGCUGGCAUUACUGCACUAUGAACGCCGAAGGCACACAUGCAUGGCUUCUUGGCAGUUCCGUCGAACCCUCGGGAGAUGGCAACGGGAUGACUGGCGGCGAAUAUCUCAGUGACGUGCUUGCUAUCGACCUCCGCAAAUAUGGAAUUCUUGGGAACGAGCUGGCAUCAGAUUCUCGAGCCAAAAUACCUUCCUCCGACGCAAAUGUUGGCUCCUACUUGACAGGAAUUGGUGCUGAUUUGUCGACCACGUUCGACAAGGCUCCUGACACCGGCAGCGGCGCGGACUUCGUGAUCACAGCUUAUCCCGACGAUUAUGACCUGGAGGCAUCACCUGUAGAUCCGCUCAGCUCUCCAACCGACGCUGUGAUACCACAAUCUCGCCCCAUCCACGUUCACAAACUCAUUCUACAUGCGCGUUGGCCACACUUUGCUCGUCUAUGGUCAGCCCAGAUGGCAGAAUUCCACUCCAAGAAGAUGCACAUUCCCGAGCCCUACUGCGCCGUCCGCGCCUUCCUCUUCUACCUCUACUCUGACAGCAUUUCUCCCAACCCACAGAAUGGCCCUAGUCUUAACGAUGUCGCUGGUAUGCUCGUCAUGGCCAAUAUCUACGACAUGCCACGUCUUCGGCUCCUCUGUGUCAACCGUCUCGGCCGAGAGCUUGACGUCGAGCAUGCGGCAUUCAUCUGGGAGCGUGCUAGCACAGCUGGUGAAGAGUGGCUCAAGCGUCGUGCGGCAGCAUUCUGCCUGAGCAAUUGGGGUCGUAUCGUCCGUACACGCGCUUUCAAGAACCUUCACCACGGCGCUCUUCUCGAUCUCUGCGAAGAGAUCGACAAUGAAGGCAGAGCUGUCAGUGGCGAAGAGUUGGAGGUAAUGGGCGCUCUGAAUCGGCCUUUCGGCGGCUCUGGUAGCAAUAGGAAACGCAGCCUCGGCAGUGCUGGUGUAGUGGCCGUUGGUGAUGACGAAGCAGAAGAGGAAAUCGAAGAUGACGGUAUGGAUGUCAACUGA